AUGAUUGAGAAGCUUACCUCACGCUUGGAGAAGCUCAAAAAUACACCAAGCCAAUCGCCAUCACCGUCUACAAUCCCUCCUCCCUCGGCCACUCUUCUCUCUAAGGGGAAGGGCAAGCAAUUGUAUGCCAUUGUGACAAGGAGUGGGAAGACCUUAGAUGAUAGUGCUACGCAUGUUGAAGCUCCUAGCUCUAGGGGUGAGAGUUCUACGGGAAAUGAGUCCUCGGACCGUGAUGAUGCGGAAGAGAAGUCUCGUGUCGACGACAUGAGUGAUGGUGAUAAGUCGAAGGAGACUCCUCUUCCUCCUCUCCCAACUCCUUUUUCCCCCUAUCCCCAUAGACACAAAUGGGAUGUGCAAUUCGCAAAAUUUCUUGUGAUUCUUCGACAAUUGUAUGUCACUAUCCCCUUUAAGGAUGCUUUGAAACAAAUUCCUUCUUAUACGAGAUUUCUCAAGGAAGUCUUGAGUGGGAAGCGAGAUCUUGACGUAAAGGAGACGGAGCUUGAAAUAAGCAAUGCCUUGUGUGAUUUGGGUGCUAGCGUUAGUAUACUACCUUAUUCGGUGUUUGCCAAGCUUGACGUUGGAGAUCUUGUCCCAACCAACAUCACCUUGCAACUUGCCGACCGUUCGGUCAAGUAUCCUAUUGGCAAGGUUGAGGAUGUUCCCCUAGUGGUUGGCGAGCUUACUUUCCUUGUGGAUGUCGUCGUCUUGGACAUUGAUGAGGAUGCCCAUACCCCCCAUUAUCUUGGGGAGGCCAUUUUUGGCCACCGCGGGUGCUCUUAUCGAUGUGCAAGAAGGACUAAUCACUUUGAAAGCGGGAGACGCCAAGGCUAG